CCGCCUUCCCCUCGGGCCGUCCGUUGCUCGGUUCUCGGCUCGAGCCAGCGGCGGUCGGCCGAAGCCGGGAUACCGGUCUCCGGUGGCGCUCGCCGCCUCUCGCCUCGCCUUCAGCCCCGCCGGCGGGGUGCCCGUGGGAGACCGCGACUUGGCGGAGACCUGAUGGCCAAAAGAAAGGAAGAAAAUUUCGUGUCUCCUGAAAAUGCAAAAAGACCAAGACAAGAAGAAUUGGAGGAUUUAGAUAAAGAUGGUGAUGAAGAUGAAUGUACAGUUUCUUUUACUAAUGGUACUUCUACUUUGACUGCAGCAGAAGUUGGAAUAAUAGAGAGCAUUCAGCUGAGAAACUUCAUGUGCCAUUCCAUGCUUGGACCCUUUAAAUUUGGUUCUAAUGUCAAUUUUGUUGUUGGCAACAAUGGAAGUGGGAAGAGUGCAGUUCUUACAGCUCUCAUAGUUGGUCUUGGUGGAAAAGCAAUUGCUACCAAUAGAGGAUCCUCUUUAAAAGGUUUCGUGAAAGAUGGACAAAACUCAGCAGAUAUCUCAAUAACAUUACGGAACAGAGGAGAUGAUGCCUACAGGGCAAAUGUGUAUGGUGAUACCAUCGUGGUACAGCAGCACAUCAGCGUGGAUGGAGGCCGAUCUUACAAACUAAAAAGUGGCGCUGGCACUAUAGUUUCUACUAAGAAAGAAGAGCUGGUUGCAAUUCUUGAUCACUUUAAUAUCCAGGUGGAUAACCCAGUGUCUGUUUUAACACAAGAGAUGAGCAAGCAGUUUUUACAGUCUAAAAAUGAGGGCGACAAAUAUAAAUUCUUCAUGAAAGCAACACAACUGGAGCAAAUGAAAGAAGAUUAUUCAUACAUUAUGGAGACAAAAGAAAGAACAAAGGAGCAGAUAAGUCAAGGAGAAGAGCGACUCACUGAACUAAAGCGCCAGUGUUUGGAGAAAGAAGAACGUUUUCAAAAUAUUGCUGGUCUAAGUACAAUGAAGACUAACCUAGAGUAUUUGAAACAUGAAAUGGCUUGGGCAGUGGUCAAUGAAAUUGAAAAGCAACUGAAUGCUAUUAGGGAUAAUAUCAGAAUUGGAGAAGAUCGUGCUGCUAGGUUGAACAGGAAAAUGGAAGAACAACAGGUCAGACUUAAUGAUGCCGAAAAUAAGUAUAAAGAUAUUCAAGACAAAUUAGAAAAGAUUAGUCAAGAGACAAAUGCACGAGCCCCAGAAUGCAUGGCAUUGAAAGCUGAUCUCACUGCGAAGAAAAGAAACUUCAAUGAAGCUGAGGUUUUGUAUAACCGGUCACUAAAUGAAUAUAAAGCAUUAAAAAAAGAUGAUGAGCAGCUCUGUAAAAAAAUUGAAGAACUAAAGAAAAGUAGUGAUCAGUCUUUGGAACCUGAGAGGUUGGAAAGGCAAAAAAAAAUCUGUUGGUUAAAAGAGAGAGUGAAGUCCUUACAGGAUCAGGAAAAUUCAGUCAAUCAGGAAAUUGAACAAUUCCAGCAAGCCAUAGAAAAGUACAAAGAAGAACAUACCAGACUUAGGCGAGAAGAAUUAGAUGUGAAGCAAGCAAUGAAUUACAAUCAGAGGCAACUAAAAGAACUGAAAGAUAGUAAAACUGAUCGAAUAAAAAGAUUUGGUUCACAUGUUCCAGCUCUUCUGGAAGCAAUAGAUGAUGCUUACAGACGGGGACAUUUUACCCAUAAACCUGUAGGCCCUUUAGGAGCUUGCAUUUAUCCUAGAGACCCUGAGCUUGCUUUGGCUAUUGAAUCUUGCUUAAAAGGACUUCUACAGGCCUAUUGUUGCCACAAUCAUGCUGAUGAAAGAGUACUGCAGGCAAUGAUGAAGAGGUUCUACCCACCUGGGACCUCUCGGCCACAGAUAAUAGUGUCUGAAUUUCGGCAUGAGAUAUACGAUGUAAAACACAGAGCUGCUUACCAUCCAGAGUACCCAUCGGUUUUGACUGCUUUAGAAAUAGAUAAUGCAGUUGUUGCCAAUAGCCUGAUCGACAUGAGGGGCAUUGAGUCAGUGCUGCUCAUCAAAAAUAAUUCUGUAGCUCGUGCAAUAAUGCAGUCCCAAAAGCCACCUAAAAAUUGUAGAGAAGCUUUUACUGCUGAUGGAGAUCAAGUUUUUGCAGGACGUUAUUACUCAUCUGAAAGCACAAGACCUAAAUUUCUAAGUAGAGAUGUGGAUUCUGAAAUAAGUGAUAUGGAAAAUGAAGUUGAAAAUAAGAAGGCUCAGCUGGUAAAACUUCACCAACAUUUGUCUGCACUUGAAAAGGAUAUUAAGCACAAUGAUGAACUGCUUAAAAGGUGUCAGCUACAUUAUAAAGAAUUAAAGAUGAAAAUAAGGAAAACUAUUUCUGAAAUUCGAGAACUUGAGAAUAUAGAAGAACACCAAUCUGUAGAUAUUGCAACUUUGGAAGAUGAAGCUGAAGAAAAUAAAAUGAAAAUGAAAAUGGUUGAGGAAAAUAUGGAGCAACAGAAAGAAAACAUGGAACAUCUUAAAAGUCUGAAAAUAGAAGCGGAAAACAAGUAUGAUGCAAUGAAACUUAAAAUUAACCAACUGUCGGAGAUGGCAGAUCCACUUAAGGAUGAGUUAGACCUUGCUGAUACUGAAGUGGAUAACCAAAAACGAGGGAAGCGGCAUUAUGAAGAUAAACAGAAGGAACACUUGAAUACCUUAAAUAAAAAGAAACGGGAACUCGACCUGAAAGAAAAGGAGCUAGAGGAGAAAAUGUCACAAGCAAGACAAAUUUGCCCAGAGCGGAUAGAAGUAAAAAAAUCAGCAUCAAUUCUAGAUAAAGAAAUUAAUCGAUUAAGACAAAAGAUACAGGCUGAACAUGCUAGCCAUGGAGAUCGAGAAGAAAUAAUGAAGCAGUACCAAGAAGCAAGAGAAAACUAUCUUGAUCUGGAUAAUAAAGUAAGGACGUUAAGAAGAUUUAUUAAAUUACUAGAAGAAAUAAUGAUCCAUCGAUUCAAAACAUAUCAACAAUUUAGAAGGUGUUUGACUUUACGAUGCAAAUUAUACUUUGACAACUUAUUGUCCCAGCGGGCCUAUUGUGGAAAAAUGAAUUUUGACCACAAGAGUGAAACUCUUACUAUAUCAGUUCAGCCUGGAGAAGGAAAUAAAGCAUCCUUCAAUGACAUGCGAGCCUUGUCUGGCGGUGAGCGUUCUUUCUCCACGGUGUGCUUCAUCCUUUCCCUGUGGUCCAUUGCUGAAUCACCUUUCCGAUGCCUGGAUGAAUUCGAUGUCUAUAUGGAUAUGGUAAAUAGAAGAAUUGCAAUGGACAUGAUACUUAAGAUGGCAGAUUCCCAACGAUUUAGACAAUUUAUCUUGCUUACUCCUCAAAGUAUGAGCUCACUUCCUUCAAGUAAGCUGAUUAGAAUUCUUCGGAUGUCUGAUCCAGAAAGAGGACAAACCACAUUGCCUUUUCGACCUGUAACCCAAGAGGAAGAUGAUGACCAAAGUUGAUCAUUCAUCUCUGCCUUGGCCUCCUGCUCAAAGAUGAGGAAGAGGGAAAUAAUAUUGAAAGGAGACAUCGUGUUGGACUAUUUGGUGAAAUAAAAGGAGAUUGGAGAUAUCCUAAAAUAAAAGAAACUCCUCCAUUUGACCACCAUAAAGUGUAUAAAUUAGCCCCCAAAACCAGCUUAAAGCAAGAUAUUAAAAUUACUGUUAUUUUCCAUUGUGAAAACCAAAUUUCAUAGUACUGGUUUUAAAUCUUGUUAAGUUUAUGUGUGAGCGGUUUUGUUUUCAUUUUUAUCAUCUAUUUUUAUAGUUUUCUUUUUCAGAAGUGAAAUUUUGUACAUAAGCACAUGUACAUAUUUCUUUAGUUUGAGUUCAUUUCUAUAGUAUUUUGUAAGAAUUAAAAUAAAAAUUUGAGCACCUGA